UUAGUAUGAAGGGUUGAAGGCUGCGUAAUCAGUAUAACAGCAGAACACCAUGCUGGGCUCCUUGGUCCUUGCUUGGAUUUUCAUCUGCCUCCUGUUCUUCUUCAUCAGGAUCCAGAAGCCCAAGAACUUUCCUCCUGGACCCCUGCCUGUGCCCAUAUUUGGAAAUCUGAUUCAAUUGAACAUCACUAAUCCUCUGAAAGACUUUGAGAAGUUGGCUCAGUGCUAUGGGAACAUUUACAGCCUCUACUUUGGAGGAAGACCAGCAGUGGUUCUUACUGGUUUGAAGGCUGUGAAGGAAGCUCUGGUGACUAAGUCUGCAGACUUUUCAGGACGUCCACAAAACAUCCUGGUCACCAAUUUAAGGGAAGGGAAAGGACUUGUAUUUGUUGACUACGGUCUUCGAUGGAAGGAACAUCGCCGCUUUGCCUCCAUGACCCUGAGGAACUUUGGCAUGGGGAAGCGAUCCAUGGAGGACAGAAUUCUGGGAGAGACUAAACAUCUUGUUGCACGCUUGGAGAAAUGUGCUGGAGGCGUUACGAAUCCUCAGACUUUGUUCCAUGAUGCUGCAUCAAAUAUUAUCUACCUGGUUUUAUUUAACAAGCGAUAUGACUAUGAGGAUGACAACCACAAAAAACAUGUUCAAUGUUUCACUGAAAAUACAAAGAUUGUCAAUGGACCCUGGGGAAUGAUCCAUGAUAUGUUUCCUAUGCUGAGAUCCCUGCCACUUCCCUUUAAGAAGGCCUACAAAAAUAACUACAGAGUUGAGAAAAUGACUGCAAACAUGCUCAGCACACACAAGACAUCAAGGGUCCCAGGAGAGCCAAGAGAUUUUGUCGACUGCUAUCUGGAUGAGCUUGAUAAGGUAGUGUCAUAUGUUCAACAGAGAGGAGAUGAUGGAUCUUCCUUUGAUGAGGGACAGCUUGUGAGAUACAUUAUGGAUCUACAUAUGGCUGGGACAGAUACCACAUCCAACACCCUCUUAACAGCAUUCCUAUACCUCAUAACACAUAUAGACGUUCAAGAGAGAUGUCAGAAGGAGAUCGAUAAGGUUCUGGAGGGUAAAGCUCACGCAUCUUUUGAGGACAGACUCAAAAUGCCAUACACACAGGCCGUCAUCCAUGAGUCUCAGCGUAUCGCCAUUACUGUCCCUCUGAGUGUGUUUCACUGCACCAGUAGAGAUACUGAACUGAUGGGUUACAGCAUCCCAAAGGGCACCAUCAUCAUCCCAAACCUCGCCUCAGUACUGAGUGAGGAAGGCCAGUGGAAGUUUCCUCAUGAGUUCAAUCCAGCUAACUUCCUGAAUGAGCAGGGACAGUUUGAGAAGCCAGAGGCCUUCCUACCCUUUUCAGCUGGGCCUCGUACAUGUGUCGGUGAAGGUCUGGCUCGCAUGCAGCUCUUCCUCAUCUUGGUCACUCUGCUGCGUCGGUUCCAGUUCUUCUGGCCUGAAGAUGCAGGAGAACCAGACUAUACUCCUGUAUAUGGACUCACGCUCACACCCAAACCAUACAGGAUGGGGGUCCAUCUGAGACAGCCGGCUACAAUAUGAUUCCAAAUAUCUGUGUAAUGACAAUUUCUCUGUAAAUGUGUACAAGAGUUUACAGUAAGGAUUGUAUCAACUUGAUUGUUCGAUCAACUAUUAUGAAUCCAAAUACUUUUGGCUUAGUUUAGGAUCUUCGAGGAACACAUUCACCCGUUAGAUUGCUGGUGCAGCUGUGUUCUAUAGCUACAAACUUCACCAGCCUCAUCAUAAUCCUCUCAUUAGCAUAUUUGUAUAUUGAUCCAUGAUAAUUAAAAGCUGUUUCAUGACAUAUGAAAGAAA